AUGACAGCUACCACUCCCCUAGCCCUUACUACCACUUUCUCACCACCACCAGCAUGCACCACCGACACAUGGUACAUUGAAUAUGUGACAGGCGUGUACUACUACACCACUUCGAUUUCAAAUAGUCGUGAGGGCUGGUAUCUGAGCCAGGGGGCCACGGACUGGAGCAGCAGUUUCCCCUCUGGAUAUAAGGCGACAACCGCUUUUUACUACUCACCAGGCGUGUGCCCAUCGGGCUAUUCCAUAGCCGACUCGACGGUUCUUAGUAUUGGAAGCAGUUCUGAGACCAGGGCAACCUGUUGUCCAUCCAGUUUUACCGCCCAACUUGGUGAUGAAAUGGUUUGGUACUUGACCAACAGAUGCUACUCGGAUAACACAGAUACAAAUCAUGUAUGGACAGUCACCCAAGGGGGAACGAUAACUAGCAAAACGAUGUCUGGCGGUCUGAAUGCCAAGGCAGUUUUUGUUCGAUGGCAAGAAACCGACUUUCAGACGACGGCCACGGCCACCACAGACUCAGCAACCAGCACGGGGUCAACCGCGAGAAAAGCCGUUUCGAGCUCAGGGCCACUGGCUACUGCAACAACCGCCACCACAGAUCAGAGUGGUCCAUCGCAAGGAGGAUCUUCAAGGGCAUGGAUUGCAUGGAUUGCAGGGCCAGUCAUCGGGGUUGUGGUUGGGUGCACCUUGAUCGCGUUAGCCGCCACAUGGUACAAUCGACAACUCUGGCGUCAAAAAGGUCCUAUAGGAGCCGAGCUUCCAGUUAAACCCUCGACAGAGCCUCCGCACGAUAUGGCAGAACUUCACCAAGAGCCCAAGGUGUUUGAAGCCCCAUGCAAGCCCCCUUACCCGGGACCGUUCGAACUUCCUACAAUACAACAUCGAUAA